CCCUAUCGAACGGAACAACAGAACGGUUCGCUACCCAGUUGAUUGGAUUGGAUUAUCGUCGACAACAACGACUUGUGAAAGAAGGUGUGUCAGUUACUCGUUGACAGCAACACAGCAGGGAUCGGCGAUCCCCGUACGGGAACAACGGCAUAAGAAGGUGGUGAUAGUCGGAAGCUGGCUAAUGCUACAAAACGAUCUGUGAUGCUUGUUAAAAUAUCGAAAGUGAUGGCAGCAGCAGGCUGGUCCGGUUUCCUAGCAGCGAAAUUUCCGGUGAAGUGAUUGUGGCCGCACGGGUAGGUUUCCGGUAUCCGCGGGCAUUGUUGUGGUGUGUGUUGGAUUUCACAAUUUUUCACGCGUGUAUCGAAUGAAGUGUGGUUAUAAUAAUAAUUCAUUGGUUCGUUAUAAUUCGGAGCCAUUGGAGAUUUAAUUGCUGAAACGAACCAGAACCGGAUCCUCGUUAAUUGAUCGCAAUUUUUUUUAUGGUGCGGUGAAACGGAAAACUGCCGUCGGUUGGCGAACUUGAUAACGUAUUGAUUUAUGUGUGAUUAUUACGCGGGCACCCUUCUCGACCAGCUGUUGCUUGACGACGAGUGUGUGUGUGAUUUCGAAUGCGGUUGGAGCUUCAUUAGUUGCAGCACCAUCAGAACACUGCGUGUAAUUAGUAGUGGUAGUAGGCCAUAUCCUAUCCGCGUGGUCAAGUGAAAUGGGUUAACAUUGUAAACACUGCGGACGCCAGCGGAAAUCAGUCAUCAUGAAGUCCGCGAUGGACUUCAAAAACGUUCCGGACAAUUUCCUGGCCGCGGUUGCCCAGGUCGUGCUCGGCAUUGUCGGAGAUCACAACGAAACACUGCACGGCGGUGACUAUGGGAGUCCGGUACUGAAACCGGUAGUGUCACGGAUCUAUCCACUGUUUAUCAUCAUUUACGCGAUUCCGGCGGCGCUGGGAAUCGGCAGUAACGUACUGAUAGUGUCCUACAUCAGCAAGUACCGGUUGCACCGGGAUGCGACGCAGGCUUUCAUCGUGAAUCUGGCCGUCUGUCAUACGGUGCAGUGUGCGUUUGUGCUGCCCGUUACGCUGAUGGUGAUGCUGAUUCAGAACUGGAUCUUCGGCCAGUUUCUGUGCUUCUUUCUGCCGCUGCUGCAGGACAUUCCCCUGCACGUCGCUAUGAUAUCGCACCUUCUGAUUGCCUGGGACCGGAAACGAUGGCUGACGGAUCCACUCAAGGCACGGCUGCCGGCUUUCGUGUGCAGUUGCGCUUCCUGGCUUGCCGGGAUGGUCAUUGCGCUUCCGUAUCCCAUCUAUACGACCUAUCUGGAUCUGGGGAAAUACGUACCGAAGUUUGAAGGCGUGGGGAUUUGUGCUGUCAAUCUGGUUGACGACAUGCAGGAGUACAUGCGAGGAUUAUUCGUAAUUAUGUACUGCGCACCGACGACCCUACUCGGCUAUCUGUACAUACGGACAUCCCGCGAGCUGCGACCCCCGGAUGGACCCCUGUCCAUUAUGAUGUUCGAGGCCCGGGCUGAAGCAAGAACCAAGCAGAUCCGUGCCAGUCGCAGCGGAUCAUCGGGUGGUGGUGGAACCAGCGGUGCGAACCUGAGUAGCAAUUCCCGAACCUACGAUCUGUACGAUGCGGAACUGGAUGUGAACAGGGAAAAACGUACCCAGCGCCAUCUGGGAGCGAUGGCAUCCGCCCAGGUGCUGUGCGUAUGCCCGCUGAUGAUUUUGAGGCUAGCCCGGAUGACACUGGUGGAAACGUACGAGAAUCAGGCCCACUUUGACAUCACCUAUCUGAUGUUCGUGUGGAUUGCAUUCCUGCCGACCGUCAUCGUGCCUUGGAUUUAUGCCAGCUGGGUCCUAUCGAGACCCGCCAAGGAGCGACUGCGCGGCUACCUGCGCCUAUCAUCCCGGCGAAACACCAACACCAAAUCCGAACCCUCGAUAGACGACGGUAGUUCCCCACCGGGUAUCAAAACACCUCUUUCCACCCAGAUGUCGACGGUAAGUAGCAGCCAUCCACCCUCAACGAUGGUCAUAUCCUCCGUCCCGGCUGUAGAUCAGCCGGGUACAGAAAUCCGACGGCAAGCGGCAACUUUUGCACAGGUCAAAGCGUUACCCUCGAUCGACCGGUCCAAGUCUCCGGCCGAGGUCAGCAGCAAAUCCCAACAAUCCAGCGUGGAGGGUAGUAAGACUGAGGACUCCGUCACAUCGAGACUAUCAAAGGAGUCUGAAUCGACAACGAGACGACCGAAGCGGCAACUUCCUCCACCGCUACGCAUCGAGCACAGCAACUUCCACAAGACUCCAUCCACGAAGAGUCGCAGUUCUUCGGGAACGGCAGUUCAGCGAUCCUCGCUGAGAUCGAACAAUAGUCGAACCGGUUCAAACCACAGUAGGAAUCCAGUAGACGUAACAGCCGAAGAGGAGGAUGACUACAGCUCUUCGCUGGCGGGAAACGGCUCGAACAUAACCUCCAGUACCUACUGUAACAUCAACGAGCGUGAAGUCGUAGCUCCAGAGAUUUUCGCCGCUCACCGGCAGAAUUCCGUGCGCAAGUCAGCUUCCCCCUACUACCAAGCAGCCAACACGGAUGAACUAAACGACAUCGAUUCGGACUCGGACAUCUACCAACGAAGAAGCACCAGGUACGGAUCACUCUCCAAACAGGACUCCGGCAUCCUAAAGACCACCCCGUCGAUAAUAUCGGUCAACGAAAGUGAGUACUCCUCUCGUAAAGGUUCCCUCAGUACACUCUCCCGCGAUAUGGAGAUCAUAGACCGGUUGGAGCGAGAACGCAGCAUGGACAUCCAGGAGAUGAUCCAACGGGAGAAAAACUACGAAUACUAUCUGGCGCGUCAGAACUCCAAGCUGAAAUUCUCGACCAACUUCGAUGACUACUUCGAGGAGGAACCUCCACAGCCGGUUAACACCCGGUCCAUCUCGCCGCACGUCGUCCGGAACGUAACGGCGGCGAAUCGCCGCCGCAGUAGCAACUUGAGUUAUUCUUCCGCCAAGCGGGAUAGCGGUUACGAGCAGUCGAUAGUGGGGACACCACCGGCACUGCUACCGGCUACGCCGGUUGCGGCUCCACCACCGCUACAGCCGGCGCCAGCGCCGGUUCCGAUAGCGACAACGGGAGUUCCGAUUAAUUCGGAUGCGUAUAUGUACAAUAGCCGGGGACCCCGCAGAUCGCUGGAGUUGGAGAGGCAAAGGUUCCCGCGGACCUAUAGCUCACGAUCGGCGCGCAGUUCGACCAAAUCUCGGGAUAGAGUUAGCUUUCAUGACGAUAUCUAGGUUCGGUGGUUUGAUUCUGGUGGGGUCGGGGGAAGUUUGUGCCAAAUUAGGUGACCGUGAGUGGGGAAUAGAUUUUGUACAAAGUAAAGAGCUGUUGAACGUUUUGAAAUUAUUAGUAAACACACGUAAAUAUUUAUAAAUGUUAGCGAGGAGACUUGAAGAUUUUAUAAAGUUUGAAUAGAUUGUUUGAAAUUUGCUCAUUGUGAAGAGGAAGUGUGUGGGAAUCGAAACGUUGGAACACUAUAAAUAUGUAUAGAAGAGUGUUUUAAAAAUGUUGACGGGAAGCUGAUAGGUGAAAAAGUUGGACUUUUUUUUAGUCUAGUCAUAAUUUGCUUACGUCAAUCGACAUGGCUAAACAAAUUGGGACAAUGUCAGUGGUUUUUAUAAAGAGAGGGGAUAUCCUUAACCUCUUGGUUCUCCAUACCUGCACUAUUAUGAGACCACUAUUAAGUAUUGCUUUGCGAAAUCUUGGCCCUUGGCACUUUUUCUUUUGUGUUGAAAAUUCAUAUUUUCCUCCAUAGCAGCUGUUUCUUGCUCGUGUCCAAAGUGCAAUAUAUCCGACCUGCGAAGAUCUGCUUCAAAUGUCGAGACGCCAACUGAUCCGGAUACGUCGACCAUCUUGACCGACAUCACACUCAUUCGCAGCUAGGUUUCUUCUUCGACUUAAAGGUGUUGCUAGCUCGUAGUCUUAUCCUUACUGUGUUACUGUGCUUAUCCAGCGGUGGAUUGUAUUCCUUUGUUGUGUCAUUCAGUUCUCACCAUUGACCCCAAUAAUUUCAUCAACGCUAAGUGACAAGGACCACUUACUCUGUUCUCCGACAUGCCCACAUUAUGGACAGACAGAUGACGAAUCAUGACCGAACGGAUGAGGGUACUGUCCGAACCAUGACCAAGCAGAAACUUCGGCAUCAUGUAGAAGGUUGCUUUUUCAAGCUUCCUUUUCACCUUGAUCGAGAGAAACCGGUAUCGGUGUAUGUCUAUCUACCUAUCUCCACCAAACACCAAGCCAUUAAGUCAGGUCUUGGCAUUUUUCGUAUUUCGUUGGUCUUCCCCUGCUAUAGUCCUGAACGAGUAAGAGCAAGGAUGUGAAGUAUACAGAUCGGAAAACUAGAAGAACAGGCCUAAUAUCUUACGGGCUUAACUUUUGUCUUCUGCUAAUGAGGGUCGAGCUUAGGCAGCAUAACUACGAAUCACUCGAGCUCACAACAUGUCUCCAUGCCGUCGGUUCUCACGGUAAAGAUGAACGAGUCUGUCUAUGUCAGGAGACGUGCUGUGAACUCGAGUGAUUCGUAGUUAUGCUGCCUAAGCUCGACCCUCAUUAGCAGAAGACAAAAGUUAAGCCCGUAAGAUAUUAGGCCUGUUCUUCUAGUUUUCCGAUCUGUAUACUUCACAUCCUUGCUCUUACUUGAGUACUAUGGCUCUAAUUUUCAUACCCAGUAAUCUCUAGCUAAUUGUAUGUCGUGAAAAUGUAAAAAAAUGUGACUAACAUAGUCGAAAUAAAAAAGGAAAAAAACUAAAUGUCUUAGAAAUUCAUGAAGCAACGGUUCUUGAGUUCUGGUACUUUUAAUGUUUAAACUGAGAUUUUCAAAUAAAAAUCAUGAUUUUUUUUUCGAAUCGACACCAGAUUUCGACAUUUCAUAAAUUUCUUAAACAUUUGGCAUCCAAGAAAACAAAUAAAACUACAUUUUCCAACUGAAGUCCCCCAUCUCAAUUCAAAAUUUUUCCUUGCAUCAUAAAGGCAUUUUUAACAUUAUACAAGAUCUCGACGCUUCACGAAGAAUAAUGCGAUUCCGCUCAAAUUUUGCAUGGGUUUUUUAUCGAGAUGCAAUACUUAUUAGGUGUGUCCGGUUUCAAAAUUCAGGAUGACCAUAAAUAUUGGCACUCUACCGUGUAUCAAGUAUACUGAGGAGACAAUUUUAGGAACUUUGUACUGGUUGGUGGAUUGUUGAUUAGGGUGCAUAUCAUUAGCAUACCGGUUAUAUUCCAGAUAGCACCCACCCAUCUUUUUGUACAAGCAACUGAACCAAAGAUGCUUUUAUGAUCUAUUGCUGAUCAAGUUAUUGACAUAUUCUUCGAUCCAGUUUCUAAGAAAAUAAGUUGCAUCCAGUAAUCUAUCCAGUAAAGAUAGAUGACCACAUUAUUUCAUUAUUCAGGCUUUAUUCUUUCAAACUAUAUCUCCCAUGAUUUCUGUCUCUUGAUUCAUAUUCUACAGCUUUUACUUUGCGUCUGCUCUAGGCCCGUGCAUAAAUAACCUCUCCUGAUAUGCCCAAAAAAUGCCAAAAUGGAUGUCGAACAAAAUUCGUCAUCAAAGACUCCAAAUUUCUAUUUAAAAUCAAACACAUUGAACUGGUUUCGACCGUACUCGAUCUUCUUUACGAUCAAGAUAGUCCGCUACUUUUUCUAUAAUUUCUCUAGACGCCGAAAUAUUCAGCUGUGACAGAUAUCUCGAAAGUUCGCUUAGAUAAAACUCAGAAUUGUGAUAUUAUGUCUAAAGCAAACAAAUGAUGCUACAGGCGGCAAUACAUUUAUGAACUAACUAACGGGUUUACAUACCCGCUCACAAAGUUGAGAUCGAUGGUGUAAUUAUCGGCUCUAGCUUGGCAUGCGUGGAUCUACUGAAUGACGCAGGCUGUUUCAGACCCCUUGCUCCAGUGGGCGAAGAUUUUGAAUGGCAAUCGCACCAGAUGGGACAAAAUCGUGUGUCCCUUCUAACUAGUAUCGGGUGACCUUUGACGAGACUGCUUUGCGUCUUCUUCGAUAAGGAUCGUUUGCACGAUCGGUUGUUUGUUCGCGUUAUGCAUGUAGUAUUGCACUAAUUACAAGCAAAUGGGACUUUGUAGCAAUAUUUUUGAAGUAGAAUACUUCUUACGUUUCAUAUAGGGGCCUAGCUUUAAAAAAAAUGGGCUAAAAUUGUCGUUGUACUAAAAGAAAAAAUAAGAUUUUUAAGCUAUCUCGUUGGAAAUAUGUACAACAAUUUUGUGUCUAAUUACGUAGUAUAUAUAAUGGAAAUAAUGGAUUUUGUGAAGUAAUUAACUACUCCAUGAUUAGCCCGUACAAUUCUACCAAGCAGCGAGCGUUGCUGGGACUGCCCCUUUGUCAUCCAAAGAAAUGCGACACACGUAUAAAAGCAGAACACAUGAAAAAAAUCAUCAGUUUGCUCUCUGACCUCGUAAUAAGCAAACAUUUUAUGCCAGAUCAAUCUCUUCGGGGCAAUAUGGGUAUUUCAUGACUGCCGCCAGCAAUCAUUCCAAUGAUGCACAGGCGCGCCAGUUUCAUGCAUCCAAUGAUCACAUAUCACAGAAAAAGCAGACCACUGUUUUCUUUGCGCUGGAGAUGGGAUGGUUGGGCGUGAAAGACCCCGCUUUCUUGCUCUUUAAAUUAUGUGUGGCGUGUUCAGAUAAAUUCACUACGGCCCACGCUCCAAAGUGUAGUGCGGGUGCGAUUGACGAUUUUUUUUUGCACUGAUUUCGAAAAAUAAAAUCGGUGCUGUCAAACAUCGGACCGGGAAAGAUCGAAUGAAAAAAAAAAACGAUUUUUCGAGACAAAAAGAUCAAUUUUGAAAAAUUAUCGACUUCACCCAUUCCUAUUCCGUUGUGCGAAGGAGAUGAUGUUGGCUUAUUGGAUGCUGAUUUAAGGUUUUGCUGAUGAAAUGAUGCGAAUUGCUUUGCGUAUGAUCGUAUAUGUUGCAAUAACCACAGUUUUCUAACGAUCCGUAGAACCAGAUUAAUUGUAUAACAGGUGCAUACAUCCAUAUUAAGACGGGUUUAUUUCAUGUUCGGCUUAAUGUCUCAAUGUUCUUUUCCUUAUUUUGUGUGUGACUUUCGCGGCUCAAAGUUAAAUGCUUUAUUAAAAGUAAUGUCCUGGUACUACAUUCGCUGUCGGUUAUUAUCAUACGUAACAAUUGCAAAGUUAUUGCGAGAAUUCCACAUUCAUUUCAAUAAUCAGGGUCGAUGGGUAAUGUGGGUAGCAUAGAUAAUACUACCCACUCGAAAAUAACCUGAUGAGAUGAAGCUUAGGAGUAAGCCUAGCAUUUUAAAUUUGCCACGCAUCGCAAGUGAUUUAUGUGAAUGUAAUGCAAACAUGCGAUAUAUUUCCAGUAAUAAUAUGCGGGUACCAUUAUAUUUGGAUUGCACCUAGAAAUACCGAAAUAACUGGUUUUAAUGCAGCCAGAAAAAAAUUGCAGCAUUCGAAUUAACAGUCUAUGUGUUACUUCACUUCGGUUAUGUCCCAGAUAUUACCCACCCAUCUUUUUUCUCUAAAUGUUUAUUUGACACGGCAUUUGCAAAAGCUUUUUUACGCCGGGGUUUCUUUUUUACAUAUCAUGUUACAAAAGUUCUUAAGACGUUAUAAGAGAAAAUCACUUCCUAAUACUAACACUCCGAAUAAUCAUCAUUUGAAAAUUGAGCAAUGAAAUGUAGUUAAUCUUACCAUUACCAUACUUGUUUCUAACCCACGCCAUUAAUGUGUUUCUUUCAAAUCAACUUCAAUUUUUAUGCCAUCACUUUUAUCGGUUCACAUUCACUAACUACAAUUUCACUUCAUCGCUUUAGUGAUAAAGUUGUUUUUCGUCCCAUUGUCAUACCUGCUUCCAACCAACGCCGCUUCAAAAUGUUUUUCUUUCAAAUCAAUUUCAAUUUUUCUGUUUCAAUUGUCACUUCUGUCACUGCAUCGUUCCUGCACUUGGCCACUCACCUAAUUUGAUGCUAUCCAAACCUUGAGUACUUCGGUAUGUGCAUGUUGAUGUCCCGUAAGGAAAGACACUUCAGUGGAAUAAUGUAAAUAAUUGCCUUCGUCCUGUUCAUUGAAUUAAUUUACACUUUGAAGAUGAGCUGUAACUGCCGCUCUAAGCAUAAUUGUCCCAUGUAUAUAGGGAAUCCCACAGAACAUGGGACAAAUAUGCUUAUAACGGCAGUGUUCGGGAAGAAAAAAAAUGGUGGGAACAAUAUCAACUAUGCUAGCUUCAAUGAUACGAAUUGGUUGCUUAAAUUUUCACUAUCUCAAACCACACCGUCAACCAAUUUAUUGAACAUAAACAGCCGAUGACAGGUACUUUAUCCUACUCUUUUAAUCGACAGCUUUACGAUAAGAAUCGAGUUAAAUCUGACGAAGUCCUUUUCUAGAAUUUGGUGAAAGUUUGUUUAAGAUUCUCGGAAAAUGCUGCGCAUUUUUCUAAUGGAAUCCUACCCAUGAAUGUUGUAAAGUCCUGCCAACAAUUCCUAUAAAAAUCUAUUCAAAAUGUCGAUGCAAUUCUUUUCAGGGGCUCUGAUCUAAAUCUGUUAUUUCGUUCGAGCCUUGAAUAUGAUUUCAUCGGAUAGUCUAAAAUAUAUGGGAAGGUUUUCUUUGAAGUUUCAAGUAAACAAAAUAAUGAUAAAAAUUCAUUAGAAUUGGAACUCUAAGGAUGUCUCCAUGGGAAUUCUGAGGAUUCGGUCAGAAUUCUAUGAAGCUAACCCUAAGAAGACUUGUGAGCGCGAUUGUAUCUGCAUCCUGAGGAUAUAUUUGUCAAAUACCGAGAAGAACCGUCGAAUUUCUGAGAUUUGCAUCAAAUGCUCUAUUUAUUAACACACACAUUCAUCAUUUAGUGAAAUUUGGCAUCGCAUUUAUAUCAAAAUUGUGUAAAAUUAUGUAGCUUAUUUCACGAAAUUGAGGUGGAAAAAUUCGUGCAAAUUUUAUUGCUUUAAUUCGCAUAGAAUUCAAGAUUUGAAAAUACACUCUCGGUCAUGAAAACUCCACUACAGUACCGUGGUGUGGGUUUUUAAUAAUUUUGUUGACAUCGGAAACGCGUUUCCAGACCUACACCCUACACCUACAGACAGUGACACACCUUCGAGGGGCAAAAUAUGCAAACGACAGUGUGAGUCGGGUGAUUUUGCUACAAAGUACGGUACAAAUUCAUUUGAACGGAAAACACAAUUUUUUAAAAGUAACCUGGCAUCCCUGAUGAAAAUCAUUUUGGCCAGACCGACGCCAAUCUCUUGUUAAAGAAUCACUAUAAUUUUUCGUGGUUUACACCUAUCGAAGGCAAAGCAGGCGACGCAAAUUUUCGGCACUAAAAUUGCCAAUGCUUUCAACGCGAUGCUGUUCGUAGAGAAAGUUCAUGGAAAUCAGACUGCAAAAUCUGUUAGUACUAGUAGUUUUGUAAAAUAGUUUACAGUGAAAAUAAUUCCGGAAAAGUUGAUUCAUUUAGUGAAGAAAAUUGGAGAGCAAUAAAAAGCUGUCAUCACUGUAGCUAAGGACCGGAUUGCAAAAAUUUUCGAACCAGAGCUUGUCAAGAGCUUCCCAGCAGUGGAUGACGUAACCGUGUGAAAAGCUCGUUUUCACACUAGUACAUAGAGUAUCUUCUAAUCUGCAUCAAAAAGUCUCCCUCCAGGGAUCCAAACCACCCCAAUAAUCCUAAUCCUAUUUUCCACUAUUCGACGACAAAAGAAGCGAAACGAUCUCCCUCCCCGAGAUCCCUUCUCGAUCUCCUCAUCCUUCACCGUACCGUACAUGGAUGUGUCUAUGCCUCUUUCGAUACAACAAGCACCGGAAAUUAUGCCAACCUCGUCGCAGUGCUUCAUUUGCCUACCAAGCACCGUAUCCUCAUUUUCAGUUUUAGCCAUUUUAGCGUAUUCUUUUGAAUGGUUCAGAAGCUGCCAGCUAGAGGAGCGCCCCAUCAGCAUUUCGCAUAAGAAAUAAGAUAUUUGCAUGUGGUGAGUGCGUGCACGUUAGUUGUUAGUUUGGUACCGGGGAAGGCGUCGUCUGCCUCCAGCGCAAAUGCAAUUUGGAGCGAAAAGUUAAAUGAUGAAACCUUUGCCUUUCGUUGCGUUGCGGGUUGUGGGUGGAUUAAUUUUGUUGCCUUAUUUUCUAAUUCCGUUUCCUGUACAGAUUGUAAGCUGUAUAACCAUGGUUCAAACAUUCUCCUAGCCCUUCGAACACGGUACUGGGGAAACCGAACGGAGUUUAUCAGUAAGAAGUGGGGCUAUGAAUGCGAAACUAUCCCUGGAAGGGAUAGUUUGCAUGCCAAGUAGCUGUCAGCAUCUGCCAGCAAAAGUAAAUCCAGUUUGGGUACGGACCAACAAUUCCAACCGGUAAAUUUGUUAUCACUGAACCGGACGUUUAAUUUGCUUACUAAUCGAAAUGAACAAUUUUGAGUUGGAUUCUAAAUAAAAUCUUAUUGUUCGGAGAAAGCACCAGUUUCAAUGGAAACCGGAUUCCAGGAAUCGGAAAACGCUCCAUUAGGCCGGAGGGCAUUCGUUAGAAAAGUAUAAUUAUUACAGAAGAAUGUUGAGACUGGAUAAAUAAACAACAAGGUUCAGUUCGAGUAAUUGGAGAUCUUCCAUUGUAAUAAUUUUCUUUUUCCUUUCUCAAUUUUUUCUAGUUUUCAUUUCGUUCAAAAUUGACAGCUGUGACGACCACUGAGGUGGUACAGUACACAGCCUGCUUUGACCAAGCAAACUGUGUACAAACCCUACACACCCACCCGACUACCCGGUGGGUGUCCCACAGUAGCGGUUAACCUCCGAUUAUUUAGUUGUGUUAUUUACUAAAUCGUAAUCCUUGAAGCGAACUUUGUCGAAUGACACUUUCCGCACCAUUUAGUACCUAUGAAUAAAACAAUACCUAGAAACUCAUGCCGGUUGAUGUGGUCGUCAAGCUCGAACAGUUUGCUAAUUCUCUCUCUCUCUGAUAGUGUUGCUUUUUUCGAGCUUUCUGUCACUUUGACCUAAAUUCCGGGAAAGGGGGACAGUCUGAUGAGAUACUGUCAUGUUUGCAGUGCAUUAAAUGGACGAUUGCGUUUUUAUUCCCUUCCUGGUGUGAUGAACACAGAUUUUGCAUCACUUAUGGUAUCUGGCAGUCCUUAUCUAGAAUUGGUUGUCAUUCUGAAAUUUGUAAAAUCAGCCGCCAUGAAAUUGUGGAAUGUUUUAAGAGAUUAUGGGUAGGGAAACCGCCAGCUACAAAAUA